AGAUUGUCCAGUUCUUCACUGCGGUCCAAGAUUUGCCAGGUUCUUCUCCCAGUUCCAGUGGUGCUACCAGACUAACUCUCCAUCAUGUGCGAAGAGGAGGUUGCUGCUCUCGUCGUCGACAAUGGCUCCGGCAUGUGCAAGGCCGGCUUUGCGGGCGACGACGCGCCCAGGGCCGUCUUCCCGUCCAUCGUGGGCCGCCCCAGGUACCAGGGCGUCAUGGUCGGCAUGGGACAGAAGGACGCCUAUGUCGGUGACGAGGCGCAGAGCAAGAGAGGCAUCCUGACCACCAAGUAUCCCAUCGAGCACGGCAUCGUCACCAACUGGGACGACAUGGAGAAGAUCUGGCACCACACCUUCUACAACGAGCUGCGUGUGGCCCCCGAAGAGCACCCCGUGCUGCUGUCCGAGGCUCCCCUCAACCCCAAGGCCAACAGGGAGAAGAUGACCCAGAUCAUGUUCGAGACCUUCAACACCCCGGCCAUGUACGUGGCCAUCCAGGCCGUCUUGUCUCUCUACGCCUCCGGCCGCACCACUGGUAUCGUGCUGGACACCGGCGACGGAGUCACCCACAACGUGCCCAUCUAUGAAGGCUACGCCCUGCCGCACGCCAUCCUGCGUCUGGACCUGGCCGGCCGGGACCUGACAGACUACCUGAUGAAGAUCCUGACCGAGCGCGGAUACUCCUUCGUCACAACGGCCGAGAGAGAAAUCGUCCGUGACGUGAAGGAGAAGCUGUGCUACAUCGCCCUGGACUUCGAGCAGGAGAUGGCCACCGCCGCCGCCACCUCCAGCCUGGAGAAGAGCUACGAGCUGCCGGACGGACAGGUCAUCACCGUCGGCAACGAGAGGUUCCGCUGCCCCGAGACCCUGUUCCAGCCUUCCUUCAUCGGGAUGGAGUCUGCCGGCAUCCACGAGGGCACCUACAACAGCAUCAUGAAGUGCGACAUCGACAUCCGUAAGGACCUGUACGCCAACAACGUGCUGUCCGGCGGCUCCAGCAUGUACCCCGGCCUGGCCGACCGUCUGCAGAAGGAAGUCACCGCCCUGGCCCCCAGCACCAUGAAGAUCAAGAUCGUCGCUCCUCCCGAGAGGAAGUACUCCGUCUGGAUCGGCGGCUCCAUCCUGGCCUCCCUGUCCACCUUCCAGCAGAUGUGGAUCGCCAAGCAGGAGUACGACGAGUCCGGCCCCGCCAUUGUCCACCGCAAGUGCUUCCUCUCCAUCAUGUGCGAAGAGGAGGUUGCUGCUCUCGUCGUCGACAAUGGCUCCGGCAUGUGCAAGGCCGGCUUUGCGGGCGACGACGCGCCCAGGGCCGUCUUCCCGUCCAUCGUGGGCCGCCCCAGGUACCAGGGCGUCAUGGUCGGCAUGGGACAGAAGGACGCCUAUGUCGGUGACGAGGCGCAGAGCAAGAGAGGCAUCCUGACCACCAAGUAUCCCAUCGAGCACGGCAUCGUCACCAACUGGGACGACAUGGAGAAGAUCUGGCACCACACCUUCUACAACGAGCUGCGUGUGGCCCCCGAAGAGCACCCCGUGCUGCUGUCCGAGGCUCCCCUCAACCCCAAGGCCAACAGGGAGAAGAUGACCCAGAUCAUGUUCGAGACCUUCAACACCCCGGCCAUGUACGUGGCCAUCCAGGCCGUCUUGUCUCUCUACGCCUCCGGCCGCACCACCGGUAUCGUGCUGGACACCGGCGAUGGAGUCACCCACAACGUGCCCAUCUAUGAAGGCUACGCCCUGCCGCACGCCAUCCUGCGUCUGGACCUGGCCGGCCGGGACCUGACAGACUACCUGAUGAAGAUCCUGACCGAGCGCGGAUACUCCUUUGUCACAACGGCCGAGAGAGAAAUCGUCCGUGACGUGAAGGAGAAGCUUUGCUACAUCGCCCUGGACUUCGAGCAGGAGAUGGCCACCGCCGCCGCCACCUCCAGCCUGGAGAAGAGCUACGAGCUGCCGGACGGACAGGUCAUCACCGUCGGCAACGAGAGGUUCCGCUGCCCCGAGACCCUGUUCCAGCCUUCCUUCAUCGGCAUGGAGUCUGCCGGCAUCCACGAGGGCACCUACAACAGCAUCAUGAAGUGCGACAUCGACAUCCGUAAGGACCUGUACGCCAACAACGUGCUGUCCGGCGGCUCCAGCAUGUACCCCGGCCUGGCCGACCGUCUGCAGAAGGAAGUCACCGCCCUGGCCCCCAGCACCAUGAAGAUCAAGAUCGUCGCUCCUCCCGAGAGGAAGUACUCCGUGUGGAUCGGCGGCUCCAUCCUGGCCUCCCUGUCCACCUUCCAGCAGAUGUGGAUCGCCAAGCAGGAGUACGACGAGUCCGGCCCCGCCAUUGUCCACCGCAAGUGCUUCUAAAUAUUUCCCUAUCUUUUUAAGAACUAUUUGUACCAAAUUGUAGCUAUCUCUGUUCAAAAGCAAUUUAUCAGUGUCAUUCUGCCUCAAGGCGACUUCUCUAAGCAACCCUCUUUGACCCCGUAACAAAAGAAACCAGAGUGACAAUGGGUUUUGUCUGACCACCACGGAAGGAAAAAAGGCAGUUAGUAAUGUUUAUGAUGUAUGGAGAUAUUUAAGAAAGGUCUUUUAGAAGGAAUUAUAAGCAAGUACUGGAAUGAGUGAGAUUGGCUGUCGAAUUAAAUGUGAAGUAUCCUGCCUUCCUUUGUUAUAGUAAAGGAAGGUAGUUCGACCAAAGACAAAAUUAUUGUUGUCGCUCUUUAGUUUUCAAACGCUCGAGCACAUCCCCCAACCUUACCUACAACAACUGUUUGUCAGGAGUAUAUAACACUGUACUUAUAACACAACCUACGAGUAUCUGUAGCAAAUGUUUGGGGAACAGCCGCCUUCAUCACGGGUACCGGUGAUGCAGUCGGCUUACACUUUGCCGCAAGGCGGCGUUACGGCAAUGUGUGUUCCCAAGAGUUGACUAGGUAAACAUGCUUAGGUCGUGUUGUAUGUGUCUGUUCACGGUGUUUAAUAAAUUGUUGGUCAUGUUAUAA